AUGGGCUCCCUGCUCGCCCUCACCGACGACCUCCUCGCGGAGGUCCUCGCCCGCGUGCCGUCGCCGGCGGACCUCGCGCGCGCCUCCUCAUCCUGCGCCUCGCUCCACCGCGUGGCCACCUCCGCGCGGUUCCUCCGCCAAUUCCGCUCCCUCCACGCGCCGCCCCCGCUCGGCGUCUUCUUCCCCGACGGCGCCGCCUUCUACCCGGCCUUCCCGCCGAACCCCACGUCCCCCGCCGCCCGCGCGCUCGCGCUCGCCGCCGACUUCUCCUUCGCCUUCCUCCCGGCCCCCGCGCGCGCGUGGCUCGUCCGCGACCACCGCGACGGCCGCUUCCUCCUCGACCGCGCCGCGCCCGCCGGCUCCACGGCCUUCACCGAAAUCUCCGUCUGCGACCCGCUCUCCCGCCGCUACGUCCUGCUCCCGCCCAUCCCCGCCGACCUCGCCGCCUCCGUCGAGAACCCCUACCUGCAGCGCGGCGGGGACGAGGGGCUGCACUCCCGCAGCAACGAGAUCUUCCUCGCCGCCCCCCGCUGCACCCCCGACAACAACAACACCUCGCCGCUCCCCUUCGCCGUCAUCUGGAUGGCGUGCUGCCGGGGGAAGCUGGUCGCCUUCUCCUUCUGCUCCGAGUCUCAGCACUGGCACGCCCUCUCACCUCCCGUGCACCAAGCUCUGAGCAUGCGGAGGGUCAUGGGCGUCCGCCUGGGACAGCGCAACCAUGCGCACGGCUGCUUCUACUGGAUGAUCACUCUCACGCGGAGGUGGCUCGUGCUGGACGCCCGCAGGAUGGAGUUCUCCAUCCUCGACAUUUCGCCCGUCCUGCUAGGCCGCACCAUGAUGUUCAGCAACCAGAUCACCACUCUGGAGUCGGAGCAAGGCAGGACCACCGUCGUGGUCUCGGAUCUUUUCCGGGCCGAUAAGAGAUGUGUCCUGUAUUUCUACACCUUCAUGUCCUUCACUGACCGGUGGCAGCUGCGGCACAAGAUCACGUUGCCGGAGGAAUGGGGAGACCGGUUUCGGGGCAUCAUAGGUGCGUUUGAGCAGCGCUUGUUCAUAAAGCUGGAUCACCCGAAGGAGAACUUGGGAGACCCGGUUGAGCAGAAUGUCACCUACUUUUGGUUCGACGUCAGGACUAUGGAGGUUGGUAGGUUCGCUGAGAUUAGUUCUGCUACUGUCAACGAAGCCUACCUUUACACUGGAUUCGCCCCGUCGCUCUCGCUUCCUACCAUCUGAUGUGACCGAUUCCUGGAUUCGCUUGCUCCUUGCAGCAGGACUGCAGGAGAUGGGUACAUGAGUACCGUGCCACUCUUUAGAAGAGGAUUUGGAUGGAUCAUUCAAUGUUUUAUUCUUCAUACCAGCACUGAUGUAUCUGGACCAUAUUGCGGGAGUUUGGUCACAAGUAGAGACUGAUUGAGUCCAUUGUUCAUGGCUUCAUGCAAUCUGGGUCCAGUCAGGUGUUAAUGCAUGCAAAUUUCAGCUCUAUGCAUUAGUUGUUACUUGCAGUUUUGCUUUCAGCUAUUAGAUUUGAGGAGGUUCUAUGUUGUAUGUGUGCUUUUGUUGAAUUGAUACACCUUAAAUUCUUCUUCUUUAGAGGGUAGUGCUGUAAUCUGUAUACUUUCGCCUGAAAUUUCAGAGGUGUUAGCCGCA